AUGUUGGUAAUCUUUAAUGAGUAUCUGCUUAAUAUUGUAAUAUUGGCCAAUCAUAUUAUUCUAGUAUUUCCUGCCGUUCCUGGUGUCAACCACGCGCUCGGUCCGAGGGCAGAUAGACCCUCUUCAAUUUCCCUCCCGCUCCUCCUCUCCUCUUCUUCUUCUUCUCCAACUCAGUCCCAUCUCGACCUACUGCUCACGCGUAUCUCACCCACUCUCUCGCUUUCCUUGAGCAAUGAGUUGUUGGUGUACGCCUUCGUGAGGCGGUGGCUUCGAUACUGGUGUGUUAUUGAGGAGAGCGGUGAUGACGUGUCAGGGGAUAGGGCAGGUGGAAGUGCGCUUGCGUGUAUGACUAACCUUUUCGAGUCAAAGCGGGCCAGCAUGUGGUUUUCAAUGAGAAUGUUCUGGACGACUUUCCUGAAGCUCGCCCAUUUGCGUUGGAUACGCCGGAACUUGCGGGUAGCUGCAAGAUUGAGGAAAGUUAAUGGAUGUGCCAAGACUGUCGAUAGCAGGUCAACUACAACCAGUAGCCAAGAAGGAAUACUAACAGUAGACCAAUUCCGUUCACCACGUAUACCCCUCCAUGAUAUGCUUCUUAUACACCCAUCGCUCCUCCCCACACCCGACAAUCCUGACUCCUUCGCGUGCUCUCAUCCGCAUCUCGUAGCCCCGCAUCAGGGUCCCUGGUGGUGUGCCGCCGCCGACGGUGUGGCUCCUUCGCGCUAUAGAUUUGCGUGUAUUGAGUCCUUGGAAAGUAAUGGAGGGUCCGCGGAUUUUAAGAGAUACCAGGAAGGAGGAACACACCAGUUAGAACCACGAAGGAGUAAACAACGAAAAAUGAAGAAAGCGACAUACGUGGUCCCUGGUCCAGGUGAAGCAGCAGCCUUCACCCAUCCCAGAGGCAGUCCACAUCGGACCACUGCACAGGACCUCUCCUCCUCUCCUCCUAACCCAGCGGAAUACCAUCCAUUCCAGAUCGUGCCAAAAACCUCCAACAUGUCGCAAGAUUUUGAACUCAAUUUCCCCUCCCCCCGACUCGGAGCCAAAUCAAACACCGCACAACCUCAUCCCUUCAACAAAGUUCAUGAAGAUGUACCGUCCUCGCACAUUGUCCAGAGUAAGGCCAUAUUCACGGAUCUUGGGGGUGUGAAGCAUCGAAGCCAACCCAGAACGCAGAGAAUUCGCUGCGGCCACUCCGCUGGGGACGGUGUCAAGACGGCCCUGUACCUUAUCAGGGCACAACAUGUAACCACAUUGGUCGUCAUAGCAUGCCCUGUUAUUUUCAAUAACCCAACAAAAGGCCGCCCUUCGUUGUCGAUUGUCUCCAUCGCAUACACUGGUUAUCCGUCCGUGCAGAAACUCCUCUAUACGCCCCGCAGCCAGCCGGCCAUCGUUUCUCGUUGUCGUCAACGGCGUCGUCCACUGACUAUGCUGUUUGAUGAAGUGGAGGACGAGGGCGGUGCGAAGCGCUGCUUGGAGUUCUGUUAUAACAUAAAAACGCCCGUCAGAUUGUAUCUGUGCAACACCAACAAGAGCACGGUCUUCUCCUCGCGAGUGACGACGAUCAAAUGCGACCGAGGAUCUUGCGACAUGCAGAGUAGGCUUCCCAGCUGUUGUGUACGGUCUAGACUCUAUCCGUCCAUUCCCCGCACUCCUGCGUCCUCCGAACACGUUUACGCCUUAGAUUGCAAGUCGAGUCUUCGUGCAUACGUUAUCGACACAUCACAACACGCCGUAAGGACCUGCGGUUGUUUCCUCAUACAGUCCAAAGAUGAUAUGUAUUUGUCAGCACCGCUACCACGAGCUAUAUUUCAGGGGGCUCUCGAUGGUGCUACCAACGCUAUCACGUCUACAUACCCCAAUAUUGCAAGUCCAUUUUUUCCUGAUGUGCUUGAGGAAAUAAUUGGCGGAUCUGGCACUAUGACUUAUCUUGAGCACUACAAUGACCCUCGUAUGAAGACGACUUUGAGCUUCACGUUGAAUCCACGGAGGACCAGAACAGGUAGCGUGCGGACGUGGAACCACCCUAGAACCGGUGCCCCUCGAGUCCAUGACUGGCGCCUUCAGACCCAAGGUUACAACGCACAAUGUUUAAUGAAUUACCUCGUUGCAGGCAGUUACAUCUCCGUUAUCGAGAUUGACGCGAAAGGUACGACUAAUGAGGGUAUGCUCGGAAGCCUCGCCCGUAACUCUCUUUUAAGCGCUACAGAUACCUCAUUCACAAAUGUUUUCACGACGAGAUAG